GUUCAGCAGGCGCGCCUGUCGUUACCACCUGUCACCACAAGGCGGAGACACAAACCCGGCCCUGCCUUUGAACGUCCCUCCCCGCUGAAGGCGGGCCCUGGGGCGCGUCGAGAAAAUGUCAACAACAUGCCGGAGUCUUCCAGAGAAACAGAAACCGAAGGGAGAGGGAGGGACAGACAACAAAGAGACCUGGAAACCCCGAAGUCUCGCAACGUCGUGUCAGUAAUAUCCCAGUUAGCGGACGAUAAUCUCACACUUGUGCGGAACAUUAGCACUGGACUGGCUGCUGCUGGCGUGAUUGUAAUCGCAAGGAGCAUCAGAGUGAUCACGAAAUUUCGAGCUGCGGCUGAGAUCCCCGUCCGUUUCAUUGAGAGGAACGUCCGCCUUCGAGGAAAAGUUCAUUCCAUCACAGAGAGGGGGAUAGAAGUGGAGCACGUUCCGAUAUAUCUGCCCGUCAUCUCGCCAUUACUGUCAAAACACCGGGAUGUGUCUACGGCGCCGCUGGUGGUGCAUCUGGCAGGAGUGGAGCUGACACCGGAGGGAAAGAUGUGGCUGCAGAAGAACCUGGUUCCUCCACAAACUGUUUGGCUACAGCUGAUCAGCCGGGAGGACAACACGCUGCACUGUUUGGUGUCCCAGAGCAGGGGGUCAGUCUGGAGCUACUGCAUGAACGAGGAGCUCCUGAGGCUGGGCCUGGCUCGCAGGGCACCCAUCGCAGGGGUCCCGCCGGGCUCUCCCCUCUACUGGCGCCUGCACAAACGGCUGCACAGGGCCGAGGUGAAAGCUGAGAAGAAGGGCCUGGGCCUGUGGAAGAGGGAGAGCUUAUGGGAGAGGGCUUCCAAAGCUCUCAGAGACAAUCCUUUACUCAGACUUAUGGGGAGGAUCUUUAAAAGGACUCGCACUGAGUGACUCAUUAAUCCAAGUCAAACACUUUGUUGCUGGGAGUUUUCAAAAGCCGUCAUUGUUUAAGGACACAAAUUAAUUGUAUUUACAGAGUGUGUCCACAGCUUAAGCAGGCUCACAAUAUCUUGCAAAACCCCCGAAAGAUGUGAAAGGCACCAGAGAGUCGUAGCUUCUUGUUCUUUCCUUUACACGGCCAAAAGAACGCACACUAGAUUGCUCGUGUUUAAAACCUUUGUGCAACUGAAUAGCUUUGUAAGUGUUUGAAAUAAUAAAAAAAUGCUGAUAAAAGCGGCUGCUUAAAUCAACAGUGUGGUAAUCUCCAAGAAGUUGAGGCCCAUCUCUAUUAGUUACAAGGUUGUGUGUUUGACUGGGGCUUCUCAGUAGGGUGGGAUCAGUUAAUAGUGUUCAAAAUAGUGCGGGAUACGGUGUGUGGGAGGCAGGUGGGGGGGGGGGGGGUACACUUGUCCGCUGUUGCUAUGGAAGCAUUAAACGUGAAACACAAAACGCACUAAAGGCCGGACUCCAUAUUGGUUCCUCUCAGAUCCCCAUGGGAGCUUUAUAUGCAGCAUGUAAAAGGGUACUUAAAAAGCCGUUCCUUUUAUGUGUAGCUCGACCGAGGCCUUGCACUGUUUAGGCUUGAAUGAGACAAAAAAAAAAAAGGGUAAAUAACCUACCUUUGUAAUCAUAACAGCGAAUUUUAUAACGACAAGUAUAUAAAAUCACAAGAGGAGGAGGCCUGAUAAUGAGGUCAUACCUCCGCGUGCCCUGUGGGGUGCAGGGGGUCCCGGUGUAGUGAGAGUUAGCCGGCCAUCCGAAGGGACACAAGGAGAUUAGUGCAGAAGGGAGGAGGGUCACAGCCGUGGAAGGGGAUUUUGGAUCUGAGCACAAAGGCAGGAGAGGAGGAGUCCCAGGGGAAAAGGGAUAGGGAGCGAAGUAGAGGGGGGUGAGGAGAGUGGG